CCCCUAACACACAGAAAACACAGAGAGAAUAUACAUGGCAGCGUCACCGCUGCCGAGAUGGGCUCCGACGCCGAGCCCUACCAAGCCACUCCGGUCGACGACGUCGUUGAGCACCGCCAUGGUUUCAUGGCGCGGAUGGUCGGCGUGGCCGUCUAGCCACAUCUUCUUCCCGCGUUGUCUCUCCGACUCCGAGCCGCCGGCUAGUGGGGUGGUAGACAAUGCAAAGCCCGGUACUACGGAGGUAUUUCUCACGUGGAAAGACCUUUCUGUGACGGCCAUGAACGGGAGAAAGGGUCGUGCUGUGAUCCUUGAUGGGCUUAGCGGGUACGCGCGCCCUGGCGAAGUGCUGGCUCUCAUGGGUCCUUCGGGCUGUGGCAAAACUACUCUACUUGAUACCUUGGCUGGACGACUUGGACCCAACAUGAAAGAGAGUGGAGACAUCAUGAUCAACGGUUGCCGACAGAAGAUUGCAUCCAGAACCUCUGCAUAUGUGACCCAAGAAGACGUGCUGAUGGUGACGCUGACGGUAGCGGAGGCGGUGCACUACUCGGCGGAGCUUCAGCUGCCGGACUCCUUGACGCCAGCUGAGAAGCGCUCGUGGGCCGACGAUGUUAUCAAGCAGAUGGGGCUUGCUGCCGUGGCCGGAACCCGGAUCGGCGGGCGCGUUUCCAAGGGCAUCAGCGGCGGCCAGCGGAAGCGAGUGAGCAUCUGCAUAGAGCUGCUGGCCUCGCCGCCGCUCAUCUUCCUCGACGAGCCGACCAGCGGGCUUGACAGCGCCGCGUCGUACCACGUCAUGAGCCGCAUCGCCGGGAUCGCCAAAAGGAAUGGGACGACGGUCGUCGCUGCCAUCCACCAGCCAAGCACGGAGGUGUUCGAGCUCUUCCAUGGCCUCUGCCUGCUGGCCAACGGGAAGACGGUUUAUUUCGGGCCAGCUUCCAAAGCAAUGGAGUUCUUUGAUGCUAAUGGCUUCCCAUGCCCAUUGAGGAUGAAUCCUUCAGAUCACUUCUUAAGGAUGAUAAACAUAGACUUUGAGGGCGACUAUGUAGUUCAACAAAGGCAAGCUACAGUCUUGACAAAAUUAGUUGUCCUAACCAAAAGAUCAAUGAUAAACAUGCACAGAGACAUAGGCUAUUAUUGGUUGCGCUUUGGUAUCUACAUGGCACUUUUUCUAACCAUUGGGACAAUUUUCUUCAAUGUUGGUCACAAUUAUUCAUCAAUCCAAGCACGAGCAUCCAUGCUUAUGUACACAUCCACCUUCAUGACAAUGAUGGCAAUCGGUGCUUUUCCAUCAUUUGUCGAGGAUAUGAAGGUAUUUGAGAAAGAAAGGAGGAGUGGACACUACGGGGUCACUGAAUUUGUCAUAGCCAACACACUUUCAUCCACUGUAUACUUGGGCCUCAUCUGUGUGCUACCUGCUAUAAUUGCUUAUUACCUAACUGGGCUUCAAAGAGGGAUAGGACACUUCUUCUUUGUUGCAACACUAUGGGCUUGCACAAUGUUGGUUGAAGGUUUGAUGAUGAUUGUUGCAGCCAUCGUACCUGAUUUUCUCAUGGGGAUAAUCACAGGAUCUGGAGUACAAGGGUUGCUAAUGCUAAACGCUGGUUUCUUUAGGCUUCCAAAUGACCUCCCAAAACCAAUAUGGAAGUACCCAACUUACUACAUAUCCUACCACAAAUAUACAACUCAAGGACUGUACAAAAAUGAAUUCUUGGGCUUGGUGUUCCCAAAUUUAGCUGGUGUCGACGGAGUCAUCACCGGUCAAUAUAUCCUGAAGAACAACUUUCAAGUGGAGUUAGGCUACUCGAAGUGGGUUGAUCUUGCGAUAUUACUUGGAAUGGUCAUUAUCUACAGGGUAAUUUUCCUGGUUAUUAUAAAGUUUUUCGAUGUGGCAAAACCCAUGAUAAAAUCCUUCAUGAUAAAAGUGUAACUAUUACUAUAUGUAUGUAGUUUUAUAUAAGGUAACAAGACAUGUUUUAUUUGAGUCAUAUAUGUAUGUAGUUUGCAUAGAUAAAAGCAUAGAUAUUGAGAUAGUAGUAUUCCUUGUAUGUUUAUUUUCUCUUGAAUAAAUCACCACUAUAUUCAUUA